AUGUCUAGCUUGCUAAAGCUAGGUGGGAGACUCGGGAAAGGUGUAGGGAAAGGCGGUGGAAGUUCAAGUGUUGGAGCUGGUGCCGCUGCAGUGAGGGACCAGUUGAGUAAAGGAGAUGAUGCGAAGAAAGCGGCAGACGCCAAAAAAGCUGCGGACGAUGCAAAAGCGGCCGCAGAGAAGAAAGUUGCUGCUGAUGCCAAAGUUGCCGAAGAAAAGAAAAUUGCCGAUGAUGCCAGAGCGGCUGAGGAAAAGAAAACUGCCGAUGAGGCUAAGGCAAAGGGGGCCGAGGAGAAGAAAGCGGCGGAUGCAAGGGCAGCUGAGGAGGCUCAACAGGCUCAACAAGCAAGGCAGGGAGAAAGACAAGCACAAGUUGAACAAGGUCUCACGAUAAGUAAUCAAGUUCUCGAUAUGUAUCAGAUGCACCAACCAGGGCCUCAGCAGCAACAAGAUCCUAAGGACACCAACACCUUCCCAGAAGGGGAGGCUUUUCCAGCAGAAGAAGACCUUUACUCAGAAGACUAUCCCAAUCCAGAAGAAGACCCCUACUCAGAAGAACAGGAACUUGAAAGCGCACAGCAAAUCUACCCUGAAGACGAAGGCUUCACAGAUGAACAAGAGCUGGGAACCGCACAACAAUACUACUCUGAGGAUGGAACAUCGUUCCCAAGAGAAGACCUCCAGAGUACACAGCAGCUUUACUAUGGGUAUGGAACUUUCCCAGAAGAACAAGAGCUAGAACACGCACAGCAGUUUUAUCCGGAAGAUGAGCCCAUGACAGGGGAGCUAGAUCCAGAAAGCACAGAUCAGUACUACGAUGACUAUACACAACAACAGGUAUUGCCAGAGGACGGCCAGGUACCGCUUCCUGGUACCCAGCUUGGCGAUGCACAACAAGCGAGUAUAUACGACUAUCCUUCCACAAUCGAUGAUGAAUAUAAUACCACCGUUUGGUAG